UUUCCAUGCCUCUUACAAGAAUUGUGAGAGUGAAUGAUUACAUCCUUAGUUUUUCUAAACCACAAAAUAAAAACUUUCGUUCAUGAAAUCUUAUGGUAAGUUUUGAGAGAAAUAUCCGAGUAUUGCUUCAGUCCGUUGCAUACGAAUCAAGCGAGACGAUGGUGCAGCCUGGAACCGAGAUAAAAGCAAGCGACCUAACCCUACUAGUAAUCACGAUUAUACUCUUCGCAAUCUUCAUCGUUGGCUUGGCUUCGGUUUGCUUCCGCUGGACCUCUCGCCAAUUUUACUCACAAGAAUCCAUCAACCCUUUCACUGACUCCGACGUUGAAUCCCGUACGAGUAUUACGGCGGUGCGUGGGCUCGACGAGGCUAUCAUCAACUCAUUUCCGACGUUUCUCUACUCGGAGGUGAAGGAGCGGAGAAUCGGGAUAGGUGGCGUCGAGUGUGCAGUGUGUAUCUGUGAGUUCGAAGACCAUGAAACGCUCCGUUUGAUGCCUGAAUGCUGCCACGUGUUUCAUGCUGAUUGUGUAAGUGUCUGGCUCUCUGAUCACUCCACGUGUCCACUCUGUCGUGUGGAUCUUUGCUUACAACCGGGUGAGAGAAGCUACUUGAAUCCGGAACCGGAUCUUGUAGAAUCUACAAACUCGCAUUUGUUUGAUGGUGUGACGUGGACCAAUAGGAACAGACCGUCUCGGUCAUGGUCAACGAGAUUGUCUCAAUGUCGAGUCUCCCAGAUAUUAAUCUCGAGAUCGCAUUCGACCGGACAUUCUGUGGUUCAACCGCUAGAUAAUUUAGACCGGUUUACGCUUCGGUUACCAGAAGAAGUCCGGAGGCAACUGACGAAAAAAACGGUGGACAACGUGGCAUUUUCUCAGGCUAGGAGCUCACGGCGUGGUUACAGAAGCAGAAGUGCCGGAAGCGAGAGGAGUGUCUUCUCGUACCAACGGCGGAUGCAUUCCUUCUCUGAUUGUGCAUGGUCCACCUCCUGUGGCGGAGAAGCGGUGGCUCCGUCAAAGGAUUCCCGCCGAAUAUCAGUUGAACAAUCCCAGCUAGAUGAUCGAGUGUAGUAGAUAGGCAAUUUUCUU